AUGGUGGCCGAAACAAAGCUCUAUGAUGCUUUGGGCAUCAAACCCGAUGCCUCCCAAGAUGAGAUCAAGAAGGCCUAUCGCAAGGCCGCCUUGAAACACCAUCCAGACAAGAACAAAGAUGACCCCAAGUCAGCCGAGAAAUUCAAAGAGGUAUCUCAAGCCUACGAAGUCCUCUCCGAUCCCGAAAAACGCAAAGUCUACGAUCAAUUUGGCCUCGAAUAUUUGCUUCGUGGCGGUCCCGCGCCGUCGCCCGGCGGUGGAGGAGGAGGAGGAGGUGCCGGUCCGGGAGGCAUGCCCGGAGGAUUCAACUUUGGCGGCAUGCCCAGCGGCGGUGGCACACGCACAUUCCACUUUAAAACCGGUACCGGCGGUACUGGCUUCAGCUUCAGCAAUGCAGACGACAUCUUCCGGGAAUUCGCUAAGUCCGGUGGCGGAGGAGCUGGUCGUGGAAUGGGGGGACUUGACGAUGACAUUUUCUCCAUGCUCGGCGGCAUGGGCGGCGGGGGCGGAGGUAGCUUCCGCAGUCGUCCAAGCGCAGGAGCAAGCUUCCCAUCGGCAAAGGCGAACCGAGCACCGACGCCGGAGCCAACUAUCAUUGAAAAGGAUCUGCCGCUGUCACUAGAUGAGAUCUUCAAAGGAACGACCAAAACUGUGGUUGCUAAGAGCAAGUCGUUCGAUGCCAAUGGGAAGCGCACUGUCAAAGAUGUGCCGCUUGAAGCUGUCAUCAAGCCUGGUAUGCGUGCCGGUACUAAGAUCAAGUACCGGAAUAUUGGAGACGGAGAAGAAGGUGGCAGACAGGAUAUGCAUCUAAUUGUGAAAUAUCUUGAUCACCCAGACUUCAAGGUCGAACGCGACAAUCUCGUUACCACCGUCGAGCUAAGUCUCAAGGAAGCUUUGACUGGCUGGGAACGCAUUGUCCGUACCAUCGACGGCAAAUCCAUCCGCGUUUCCAAGCCAGGUCCCACCCAACCCGGCCACGAGGAGCACUUCCCAGGCUUGGGCAUGCCGAACUACAGGAAACCCAGUGAACGGGGUGACCUUGUCGUCCGUGUGAAGGUCACAUUCCCAAAGACUUUGAGCGCCGAGACAAAAACGAUCCUCAAGGAUAUUCUGCCUUGA